AUGACUGGAGAAGUUCAAAACGACAGCCGCCGUCAACCAACAGGGCUUGAAUUUCAACCGAAUCAUCCGAACGUCAUGGCUGCUCGUGCUGUUGGUGGGCGCCUUCCUCGUCUCGUCCUCUUCUCUGGUCCAAACUGCUCUCUCUGCGACACGGCGAAGGUAGCAUUGGCCAAAGUACGCCAAUCGAGGCCGUUCGAGCUGGAUACCAUCAAUAUCCAGGACAAAGGGCAAGAAGCGUGGAAAAAGAAAUAUGUGUACUGGAUCCCCGCGCUACAUCUCGAGGGGAAGGAGAUUGCCAAAGACGAAGCCGUUCUGGGAAACAACGAUGACGAGGCAGCAAAUUCAGACAAGGACAAUUUUUUUGAAAUUUCAAGAUGCUUCAACUGCGGCAAAGAAGAUCACAAAGUCCCGGACUGUCCUCUUCGUCCCAACCGGGAACUUAUAUCACUAUCUCGCCAAUACUAUCAAUUUUACCAAGGAAUACUAGGUCUUCGCAACUGGCAGAGGGUCCACACCGUCGAAGCCUGGCGCCAGCAGCGUUUGGACUGGCUCGAUGAAUUCCAACCUGGCGCCAUUAAGGGAGAACUCCUUCAAGAUGCACUAGCUUUCAGCAAUGACGAGCUCUUGAAAAAUAUUUCGGCAUGGGGAUACCCACCCGGUUGGGUCGCUCUCGCUAACCCGCAAGAGCGUGUGAGAGCUCGUAUUCUGAACGAAUACAACGGACUUGCAGGGGAGGAUGUCGACAUUUCCUUCCAAAUUCACGGUGAGGAUGAAACGCCAGAGAUUCUUUCUUUACACUCUGGUGAAGGGAGUGCCAGGGCUGGCGUUGAAGAAUGUCGAACAAUGACAGAAGGCUCUUCGUCCUCCUUAUCACCCUUUCGCUGGGCUAAUUACCCUGCCAGUUAUUUUUCUUCUCAGCAUCUUGUUCUGUAUGGUCCUCCUCCGAUGCGUGAUGAACCACGCGAAACUUGGGACAGUACCACCUUCAACAGCACUGAGAUGUAUCUACAUCAGUUUCCUCCCGACUUCUGUCGCUUUCAACCACCACCACCACCCGAUGAGCCUCCACCACUACCUCCUUCACCCUUCCCCCUGCCGCCACCACCUCCUGUCCCACCCCCAUUGCCAGAUGAGCAAUCGAGCAAACAUCUACACUCAAGAAAUAUUGGAUGCUGCGAGGAUCCCGAAAGCGACAUGGAUUUAUCAGAUCCAGAAUGA